CACACUUAACAACUCACUUCCUCACUCCAAAAACCCCACACUAUUAGUAAUGGUACCCACUCCCCAUUAAACCCAUCUCAAGAACACUCUCAAAAAGCUCUCUUUUCAGAGCUACUGAUCCCUUCAAAUUUUCAGUUUGUCCCAGUAUGGCAUCAAAGCUUAAUCCUCCCGGAAAUAGAACCCGGAGCCCUUUGUCGAUAUUUAUAGUAUUUUGUUUGUGCUGUUUCUUUUAUGUCUUGGGAGCGUGGCAGAAGAGUGGUUUUGGAAAAGGAGAUAGCAUAGCCUUUGAAGUAACUAAACAAACAGAUUGCAACAUCUUUAAGGAUCUGAACUUUGAACCUCGUCAUAACAUUGUUGAGAUUAUCCAACCAUCUAAGCCACAAGUUGAAGUAUUUAGUCCAUGCGAUGUUAAGUAUACUGAUUACACGCCUUGUCAAGAACAAGAUCGAGCAAUGAAAUUUCCACGUGAAAAUAUGGUAUAUAGGGAAAGACAUUGUCCUCCGGAAGAAGAAAAAUUGCAUUGCCUUAUUCCAGCACCAGAAGGGUAUAAACCCCCAUUUGCAUGGCCAAAAGGCCGCGACUAUGUCCAUUAUGCUAAUGUUCCGUAUAAACACCUAACUACGGAAAAGGCUAAUCAACACUGGGUGGAGUUUGAAGGUGAUGUGUUCAGAUUUCCAGGUGGAGGAACCAUGUUCCCUCAGGGUGCAGAUAAAUAUAUUGAUGAGCUUGCUUCAGUAAUUCCAAUAGCAGAUGGAUCUGUCAGAACUGCUCUGGAUACUGGUUGUGGGGUUGCGAGCUGGGGUGCAUAUCUCAUGAAAAGAAAAGUAUUGACCAUGUCCUUUGCCCCAAGGGACAAUCACGAGGCACAGGUACAAUUUGCAUUGGAGAGGGGAGUACCUGCUAUUAUUGGGGUGCUUGGAUCAAUACGUCUUCCAUUCCCAUCUAGAGCCUUUGAUAUGGCUCAAUGCUCUCGAUGUCUAAUCCCAUGGGCCUCAAAUGAGGGAACGUACCUGAUGGAAGUUGACCGUGUACUCAGACCUGGAGGAUACUGGAUCUUAUCUGGUCCUCCAAUAAAUUGGAAGACCUACUAUCAGACCUGGAAGCGGUCUAAGAAAGAUCUGCAGGCUGAACAAAGAAAGAUUGAAGAGCUUGCUGAAAGCCUAUGCUGGGAGAAGAAGUAUGAAAAUGGCGAUAUUGCAAUAUGGAGGAAAAAGAUAAAUGACAAAAACUGUCAAAGGAAGUCUAACAGUUUUUGUGAAAUUCAGAAAUUGGAUGACGUCUGGUACAAGGAAAUGCAAACAUGUGUAGCCCCUUUCCCUAAGGUUACCAGCGCAAAGGAAGUAGCAGGUGGGGAAUUGAAGAAGUUUCCGGAAAGGCUUUAUGCAGUACCUCCUCGAAUAGCCAAGGGACUUGUUGAGGGUGUCACAGAAGAAUCUUACCAAGAGAACAAUAAACUCUGGAAAAAACACGUAACUGAAUACAAAAGGAUUAACAGAUUACUUGGCACUGCAAGAUAUAGGAAUGUGAUGGAUAUGAAUGCUGGUCUCGGGGGAUUUGCAGCAGCACUUGAAUCAUCAAAAUCUUGGGUGAUGAAUGUUGUGCCUACUGUUGCUCAGAAUACUUUAGGCGUUAUUUAUGAGCGAGGUUUAGUUGGCAUUUAUCACGACUGGUGUGAAGGGUUCUCAACCUAUCCAAGGACAUAUGACCUCAUUCAUGCUGAUGGUGUAUUCAGCCUGUAUCAGAAGAUAUGUAAAAUAGAGGACAUACUUCUAGAGAUGGAUCGGCUUUUACGUCCCGAAGGGUCAGUUAUAUUCAGAGAUGAGGUUGAUGUUCUGAAUGAAGUCAAGAGAAUCACUGGAGGCAUGAGAUGGGACACAAAAAUGAUGGACCAUGAGGAUGGCCCUCUUGUACCUGAGAAAAUUCUGGUUGCUGUCAAACAGUACUGGACCGGCAGCUCCGUUAAAAGCAGUUCCGAUGAUGAACAAACCACAAAGUAAUGCACAUUCAGCACCAGAAAAAAGGUGAUUAAGUUUCUCCGAAGGGGAUGAUUAGAAACGGAAGCGGUAAGUUAAUUCAUGGAAUGUUUUUGAUAAUGCAUAGUAAAUGUACCAAAGCUAAACACACUCUUGGAUAUGAUUUCGGAAGGCACUACAUAAUUUGUGUAGCUGAAAAAAUAAUUAGGUGAGAAUUCAAGAUUAAAUUAGUUAAUUGAUUGGAUAUUCAUUUAUUUAUGUAUCAUGUAUUGUUUUUGAUCUUAUAAUUGAUUUUUGUGCAAUGCAUACCAA